CAAUAUUUCAUUUUUCAGUGAAAAAGUCUAAAGCAAGGGUGAAGUUGUCUUAAUGUAGAGCUUAAUUUUUAAUCAAUUUUAUAUAUCCUAAGUUAAUGAAGUCUUUAUUUAAAUCUUGUAAUUUAUUAAAUAAUGGAAUUCGAUUGGAAUAAUUAUUUAGAAGACACGAAAAGCGUCGCUGUUCCCGAAGAAUUAUUUUCUCAUGUGGAAACGAGCCUCAACAAUGGCAUCAAGCAAGGCAUGCUCUUGGAAGUGUGCCACAAAACCAAUCCAGACAUGUACUGGAUAGCAGAGAUCACCAUGGUCUGCGCACACCUGCUACGCAUCAAGUUCAUAGGUGCAGAAGCAGACUUCUGGUGCGACAUAUCAAAAACCAAAGUCCACCCGCUGGGUUGGUGCGGCAAAUACGACGAGUUGAUAGAACCGCCCGACGACAUCAACUCGCGCUGCGGCAACAGCAUCAUUGAUCUGAUGAAGCAGGCGCUGCUGGUGGGGCAGUCCGUGUCCAUCGAGGCGCUGAACAACAAGGGCCUGUCGCCCAUAGACAGGAUCAAGGGCGGCAUGAAGGUCGAGAUACAGAACGUCAUCGACCCUUACAGAUACUGGAUUGCCACUGUGUGUGAAAACGUGGGUGGUCGUCUGCUGCUGCGCUACGAUGGUGCGGAUGAUGACUUGGCGCAGUUCUGGAUGUUCUUCUGCAACCCCAGACUGAGCAGCUUCGGUUUUGUCACUAACAAGGGUUCGCCGUGGCAGUUCAAGUACCCAGGCAAAGUCAACAAGUUUUCCUGCAAGAAUAAGUUGAGUGCACAGCUGAGACAGAGUGCAGAGGAGGCCAUCAGUGAACCAACGCCAGCCGACCUGUUUCAGCCAAACCAAAUCCUAGAAGCACAUAGCUUCGCAACAGGCAUGAAAGUGGAAGCCUUAAGCCCUAACGACUUCAACACAGUCCAACCCGCUACAGUACUGAAAAUAUUCAACAACCUGCACUUCCUAGUGGUCUUGGACGAUCAUGUCGACGACUAUGAGGACAGCAAGAUGGCGUGGCUGUGUGACAACAUGCACCCUUACAUCUACCCUAUAGGGUGGGCUCAGAGGAAUAAGGUCGAGUUUAAACCACCAAAGAUUUGGAAAGAGGACACUUUUGACUGGGAGGAGUACUUGUCUAUGACUGCUUCUGUACCUGCCCCGGAUUACUGCUUCGGAAAUAAGGAGUUUCUUAAAGGUAUUGAAGUAAAUAUGAAGUUAGAAGCCGUGAACCCGUUGAAUCACGAGGAAAUUCACGUUGCGUCCAUUGAAACUAUAACUGAACAUAUGUUAUACGUUGAACUUCUGCCUAUCGGGGAAAAAUAUUGGUAUUCGCAAGACAGUGACCUGCUUUUCCCAGUGGGAUGGUGCGACAGCAAUAACUAUGAGCUGCAUAUACCUGAUACUAAGAAAGAACCUGUCAAAGAAGUAGAGGAUCCAAAACCUGUCAAAGAGGAUCCCAAACCCACAGAGGAGUGGUGUGACAGGAUAUACUUCAACUACAAGUGUUAUGCAGGUCCAUCUAUAAGUAGAAAUAAGCUAUCGCAGCUGCCAAAACACGUCGGCCCUGGGCCUUUGUUGUUGGUGCUGAAAGAGGUGAUGAACAAGAUUAUAUCAGCUUCAUACAAGCCCGCUAAGCUGCUCAAGGAUUGGGAGACCGAAGGACCACCUGAGGAAGGCAUGCAGCUUGAAAUGCUUAGAGCUAAGCUCAAAACCAGCACCUACCAUGCAUACGUGCCAAUAGCGACCACGUCGGAGCAAGUGUCGUCUUUCUGUCGGGACGUGUGUGUCAAGCUGCAAGCCUGUCCCAGUCUGUUCGGCCCUGUGGAGUACCCGGAGCAGUGCCCCAACCACUGCCAGCAAGUCGAGAAGUCUACAUUCCAUAACGGAACAGAACGACGUGGCAGACCAAAAGGAAGCGUCAACGGCAAACGAAAGAAGAAAAAGGGAGCUUCAGAAAAGAGAGAAAAAGAACAACCACCACCAGAAGUAGAGAACAACAGAGAUGGAGAAUCUGUUGAAAGUGAACACAGUGCGGGGUCCACACCACCGUCAGAAAACGGCACUAGACCCAACUCCCCAGAUAGCGUUACAGAUUAUAAGAGAAGCACAAGAAGAAAACGCGAAGCUAAAAAUAAUUUCCCGAAACUAGAAAUGAAAACCCGUGGGGCCAAACUGCCAAACUUCGCACUCCAAAUGAAGGAAGCACAUUGGAACAAAAAAGACGUAGAAACAAUCUACAACAACUCCUGCGCAAGCAAGAAACAACAAGAUAGUGAUACCGAAAAUGAGACGAAUGAAAGUAGUUGCAAUUCCCGAGAUGCCAAAAAUAUAUCCGACGUUUCAGAUUCUGAAGAACCAGAGUUAAAAAAACUUAAGUUCCACACGGAUGACCCUUUACCUUCAGAUAAUAAGAUGUUUGAAAAAGACACAGCAAUGAAAGGAAAACUUAAACUAGGGCGCAAUCCUCUAGACUGGACAGUAGAAGAUGUAUACAAUUAUCUGAACAGUACAGAAGACUGCAAACUCAUAGCAGACAAGAUGAAGCAAGAGGAAAUAGAUGGAGAGGCCUUCAUAAUGUUAGACCUACCCACAAUCACAGAUUUUUUGCACAUGAAAAAGGAGUAUGCGAUGCAACUUUGCAAACACAUUACAAUGAUUAGGUGGUAUUGUAUAGAUAAUUUUGAGGAAAAUGUUGAAACCUGAAAUGUUUAUUGUUUACCAUUAUCAUGAGUUAUUCUAUUAUCUAGUCCAAAGUAAAAUUUGUUGAAAUUAU